UGCUGUUAAAAUGUUCUGUGUAGAUUUCAUGAUGUAGAUGACUGAUUUAUAAUAAGUUACAUAAUUUCAUGAACAUAUAUAUAGUUUGUGUUGAAAUGUCUUUAUUUGAAAUGUGCAUGUGUAAAGUGUAAAAGCUAGUGUCUCGUGAGAAUACCCUUAACGAGAGUACACGAGACUUUUCAUGGACUGCGAGGGCGCAGAUGUCUCUCAUGAAGCGAUUUUAAGCUGAAGGUUUACUAAAAGAAAAAGCAACACAAGGACUUAAGGACCUCUUUUCAGGACAAGCAGCCAACGAGUUCUCACGGCGUAUUGGCGUAAUGGCGUAUCGGCGUACUGGUGAUGGUGAAGCUGAGGAGAGAAAGCCCAAGUAAUAAACGCCCGUUUCAAAGAACCGACCUGUGUCUGUGUUGUCGUGAAGAGAGCUACAGUGAGAACUCGCCUGCUCAACACGGGUAGGAGAGGACAGGAUCGCCGUGGAUGACGAAACGACGCGGAUCCGGUGCAUCACGUCAGAUAAGCAGAGUGCAUAACGCAUGAAGCGCUAAUUUUCACGUCUAAAAUCAGGAGAAGCUCUACCACAAAAGUAAAGUUAAGGUGGUGUGAGAAGUGGUUAAAUGUGGAAAUUGCAACUAAGGGACUCAUCUGUUAAUCUUGCUUGCUUAAUGUAGAGAUUAAUCCAAUGUGUUUGCGUUAUAGUUGUUGUACAUCACAAGGUUUAAAGAACAAACAAGUAAAUAUUUAACAAGCUCACAGGUUAUGAGUAAUUUUGAGUUUUACAAAAUUUGCUGAGUUUUAAAGGGCACCUUCUGUGAAUUUUAUUGGUUGGUUUGCAGCUGGAAUCGCAAAGUGAUGGAAGUCAGACAAGUGAAAGCUGAGUACCCACCAUUCAAGGUGUUUGUUGACUUCCUAUCAAAGGAAGCAGAUCUUGCUUGCGAUCCAAUUUCCUCAAUACAAGCACUUAAGAGUGUUGAAAGCGAGAAACCAAGGCAUCCACGAAGCCAAAUAGUUCAAGCAAAGACUCUGACCACAAAUACAACACAGAGCAGUAUUACAUCAUGUGUUUUCUGCAAAAGGACAGGACACAUCCUAGACAAAUGCAGAAGUUUCACAGAAAAGACCGUUCAGGAUCGUGUUAAGUUUGUACACACAGAGAACCUCUGAUUUGGAUGUUUGAAGACCGGUCAUCACUCAAGAAAAUGUGAUAACAGAAGCACGUGUGAGAAAUGCCAAAAGAGACACCCGACAUGUUUGCAUGAUGAUAAGUUCAAGGAACGUCAAAGGCCAAUCCACCUAAAUGGAGGUGAAAUUUCAAAGGACAAGGCAGACACCACAGAAAGGACCGCAACAGCCAUUUCCAACAGAGUUAUCCAAGAGGGUCUAAGCACACAAACAUCUUCUAUCUUGCCAGUCUGGGUGUCAUCUAUUAAGCAGCCAGAUCAAGAACUGCUAGUUUAUGCACUCUUAGACACACAGAGCGAUACCACAUUCAUACUAGAUGAAGUAGCUCAAGGCCUGAACACAAACAGAGAGAAUGUCAGUCUGCGACUGUCCACAAUGUCUGCCAAGUCGACAGUUAUUCCAUGUCAGAAACUGACAGGCCUACAAGUGAGAGGAUACAACUCAGAGAAAAGGAUCCCACUACCACCUGUUUUCACAAGAGAGUUUAUCCCAGUAAACAGGCUGCACAUUCCAACCUCUGAAACGGCUCUAAAAUGGUCACAUCUAGAGCAACUGUCAGAAAAGAUUCCACCACAGUUGGAUUGCGAAAUAGGCCUUCUUAUAGGCUACAACUGUCAACGGGCCCUCCUCCCAAGAGAGAUCCUGUCUGGUGACGAAAAUCAUCCAUAUGCACAGUGGACUGAUCUGGGCUGGAGCAUUGUUGGUUGCUCACAUUCAACAAGCGAUGGCAGCGAUCCAAUAGGAUUCAGUCAUAGAAUCAUAGUACGACAAGUGACACCGACUGUGCAUCCAUCAGUUCAGCUAAAGAAGGAAGUGCACUUUGCAUGCAGGACUCAAGUCAAAGAGAUCAACCCACUUGACAUAAUUAAGACUCUUGAAUCAGAUUUCACAGAUCAUUCAACAGAUGGUAAUCCAGUUUCUCAGGAGGACCUCCUCUUUCUGUCUAAAGUGACAGCUGGAAUAAGACAGAAGGAAGAUGGCCACUAUGAACUUCCGCUUCCUUUCAAGACAGACAAACCUAAUCUUCCAGACAAUAAACAGUGUGCAGUUCACAGGCUCAGCUCAUUAGAGCGUCGACUGAGGAGAAAAGAACAAUAUUACAUGGACUAUGUCAACUUCAUGAAUGAAAUCAUAAGUAGAAGAGAUGCUGAGAAGGUGCCACAGUCUGAAUUAGACAACCAGCCAGCAUGGUACAUACCACACCAUGGUGUCUACCAUCCCCACAAGCCCGUGUGGUUUUCGAUUGUUCGGCACGCUACCAAGAAACCUCUCUAAAUGACCAUCUCUUGACAGGUUCAGACCUGACUAACACGUUAGUUGGUGUGUUGUGUCGAUUUAGAAAGGGUCCGAUAGCCAUAAUGUGUGACAUCGAAAAAAUGUUUCACCAGUUCCACGUUGCAAGGGAACAUCAAGAUUAUCUCAGGUUCCUCUGGUGGGAUGGAGGUGAUUUGGAUUCUGAACCCUCGGUGUACAGGAUGAAGGUACACCUCUUUGGGGCAGCUUCAUCCCCCGGUUGCUCCAACUUUGGACUGAAAUACCUAGCUUCACAAGGCCAAGGCAAGUUCAGCAAAGAAGCCAUCAAGUUCAUCCAAAGAAGCUUCUAUGUGGAUGAUGGCCUGACAAGUGUAAGGUCAACUGCUGAAGCCAUACGCCUGGUAAAGGAAUCAAGAGCUCUGUGCAAAACAGGAAAUCUACGGCUACAUAAGUUUGUAUCCAACGAUGAGGGUGUGAUUGCAGCAAUUCCACCACAAGAAUGUGCUCAGACCAAAGAUCUAAACAUGGCUCUAGGAGAACUUCAUAUCGAGCGAGCACUUGGAGUUCAGUGGUGUGUUGAGGCGGAUGAAUUUCAGUUCAGGGUGGUGGUAAAAGAAAACCCACUGACAAGGAGAGGGGUUCUCUCAACUGUUGCCUCAGUCUAUGAUCCACUAGGUUUCGUGGCUCCAUUCCUACUUGUCGGCAAACAGAUUCUUCAAACACUGUGUAGAGACAAGGUAAGCUGGGACGAACCUCUCCCCAAGCACAUCCAGCCACAAUGGGAGUCAUGGCUCAAAGAUCUGCCUCAUUUGGCAGCUCUAAGGAUUCCAAGAAGCUACCUUCCAUCAAACUUUGGUGAAGUCUCACUUUAUGAGCUUCACAACUUUUCCGAUGCAAGCUUCAAAGGGUAUGGUGCAUGCUCAUAUCUUAGAGCGGUGAGUGAAACAGGACAGAUAAGUUGUUCACUUGUCUUGGGGAAAGCAAGAGUAGCCCCUACCAAACUAACAACCAUCCCAAGGCUUGAGUUAUCUUCAGCUGUGACCUCAGUCCGCAUUGGUGAUAUUAUCAGAGGCGAGCUGGAGAUUGAAAAUGUGCAAGAGUAUUACUGGACUGACUCAAAGGUGGUCCUUGGCUAUGUGAACAAUGAUGCUAAAAGGUUCCAAACAUUCGUGGCCAACCACAUCCAGCGAAUAAGAUCUAGCACAAAACCUGAACAAUGGCGAUAUGUCAACUCAGAAGACAACCCAGCUGAUGGAGCCUCAAGAGGAUUGACUGCAGUUCAAAUUAAAGAAUCUAACUGGCUGAAAGGACCCAACUUCCUUUGGCAGCAAAAUCUCCCACAUGAAGUGGGAAUGGUGGGAGAAGAGGCAAGAAGGAACACACUUUGAGCAGGCACAACAGACUACGCCAGCUGAAUGCUUUCCUGGACGAAACCAAUGUUCUCAGGGUGGGAGGACGGCUGUCUCAGUCAGCCUUACACCAUGAUGUAAAGCAUCCUGCGAUACUUCCGAAAAAAUCUCAUGUGUCAGCUCUGCUGGUCAAACAUCACCAUGAGCGCAUACACCAUCAAGGAAGGGGCAUGACCAUGAAUGAGUUGCACGCAAACGGAAUAUGGGUCCUAGGAUGUGGAAGUGUGGUCUCCUCACACAUUUACAAGUGUGUAAAAUGUAGACGAUACAGAAGAACAACUGAGGUUCAACAAAUGGCAAAUCUACCAGAAGAGAGAAUUGAGACAUCUCCCCCCUUUACUUACUGUGGGCUUGAUUGUUUUGACCCCUUUAUUGUGAAGGAAGGAAGGAGAGAGUUGAAACGAUACGGAUUGUUAUUCACCUGCCUAUGUUCUAGAGCAGUUCACAUUGACAAUUUGACAACGAUUUGACAACAGACGCAUUCAUGAAUGCACUUCGAUCAUUCAUAGCUAUUCGAGGACCCGUGCGCCAGCUAAGAUGUGAUAGAGGGACAAACUUUGCUGGUGCUAGAAAGGAGCUUUCUGAGUUGCUUGAAGGAAUGGAUCAAGACCGUACAAGGGCACUUGGUUGUGAAUUUGUGCUGAAUGUCCCAUCAGCUAGUCAUAUGGGAGGAGUUUUGGAACGCCAGAUUCGAACAAUCCGAAGCAUCCUGAUAGCUAUGCUCGACAAGUCCGCCAGCAGACUUGACACCACAACUCUAAGAACGUUUCUGUAUGAAACAAUGGCCAUAAUCAACAGCAGGCCACUAAGUGUCGAGCAUCUUCACGAUCCUACUGGUCCGGAACCCCUCAGUCCUAACCACAUUCUAACCAUGAAAUCAUCUGUAAUUCUGCCACCCCCUGGGCAAUUCUGCAAAGACGACCUCUAUCUGCACAAAAGGUGGAGAAGAGUGCAGUUUUUGGCCAAUGAAUUUUGGCAACGAUGAAAGCGAGAAUACCUGCUAAACCUCCAACAACGACAGAAAUGGCAGAAGAUGUCACGAAACCUGCAAGCAGAUGACAUUGUAAUAUUAAAGGAUGACAGUGCACCAAGAAACCAGUGGAAGCUUGCAAGGGUUGUGGAAGCCCUGCCCAGCGCAGAUGGCAAGGUGCGAAAGCUAAAGCUUCUGCUCAGUGACACUACCUUUGAUAAGGGAAAACCAAUCACUAAAUCAGUUUACCUUGAGAGGCCUGUUCACAAAGUAGUUACAUUACUUGAGGCCACCUAAAACACUUAAAUGUACGCUCACACAUCACUUCCUUAUAAUUUUCAUUAAGGAAAAUCUCUCAUUUUAAGUCAAUGAGUGAUUUUGGUGGGAGUGUAAAUUCUGUUAAAAUGUUCUGUGUAGAUUUCAUGAUGUAGAUGACUGAUUUAUAAUAAGUUACAUAAUUUCAUGAACAUAUAUAUAGUUUGUGUUGAAAUGUCUUUAUUUGAAAUGUGCAUGUGUAAAGUGUAAAAGCUAGUGUCUCAUGAGAAUACCCUUAACGAGAGUACACGAGACUUUUCAUGGACUGCGAGGGCGCAGAUGUCUCUCAUGAAGCGAUUUUAAGCUAAAGGUUUACUAAAAGAAAAAGCAAUACAAGGACUUAAGGACCUCUUUUCAGGACAAGCAGCCAACGAGGUAUUUGUCAUUUGAGAAAUGUUUUUUAUUUGUGUUUGGACUUAAUAUGUGUACUGCAAAGUUGCUAACUGGUUUGUACUGUUCGCUCGUGACCAGUUCUCACGGCAUAUUGGCGUAAUGGCCUAUCGGCGUACUGGUGAUGGUGAAGCUGAGGAGAGAAAGCCCAAGUAAUAAACGCCCGUUUCAAAGAA